AUGGACUUUGAAACUGAGACCGCCACGUCUAGAACGUUGGACUGUUUGUCAUGUUCCAGCCAGGUAGUCCAUGGACAUGUGGGGAACAGUGCCAUCCAAUUCCCCUUGCAAUUGAAUGGUUGGAAUGUUGACACUAUAAAUACCACUCAAUUUUCUAACCAUCCCGGUUAUGGGCGAUUCAAAGGUCAGAAGACAUCUGCAAGUGAGGUGGAGGCGAUUUUCUUAGGACUGAUGAACAUUGGUUGUCACUACGAUACCCUCUUGUUGGGCUAUGUUGCUGAUGCUGGUACAUUACGCACUAUAGGAAACCUAUUUGCGGAAUAUUCGACUAACCAUGGGGCCAGAUUUGUCUUGGAUCCAGUUUUGGGUGAUAACGGUAAACUCUACGUUAGCGAGGACCUGAUUCCCGUCUAUAAAGAGAUCAUUAGAUCUGGGAAAGUGGAUAUGGUGACUCCGAACCAGUUCGAGUUAGAGCUGUUACUAGGGUCCAAAAUUAAUUCAUUGAAAGAAUUACGCAACGCAAUGUUUCAGUUUCAGGAGGAAUUUCGGGUCAAGAACGUUGUCGUCACCUCAGUUUCCUUUCCGACGGGUCCAAAUCAUGAUGACUCUAAUAUAUACCUCGCUGGCCUUUGCGAAGAUCAAUGGUUUUAUGAAAAAGUUCCCGAGAUUGAUGCCAUAUUUUCUGGUUCUGGAGAUCUUUUUCUCUCAUUGUUGAAUCACCUGUACUACCACUUCCCCUUGCAAGAAGCAUUAAUCAAAACAGCUUCCAGCGUUAGCAAAGUUUUACAAUUGUCGUAUGAAAUGGAAUUGGAUAAUCCUUGCAAAAUUUUCAAAUUGGAUAAAUUAUACGUUCCGCAUCUACGAAUGGUUGAAGCAAGGGAUAUAUUAGUAUUGUCCGUUCCCAAUAAAUAA